AUGACUGCUGGGCUCCUCGCUGCCGGGGCGCCGGAGCAAGUGACCUUUGAGGACGUGGUUGUGGACUUCACCCAGGAGGAGUGGGGGCAGCUGGAGCCUGCCCAGAGGACCCUGUACCGCGAUGUGAUGCUGGAGACCUUCAGGCUCCUGGUCUCUGUGGGAUGCUGGCUCCCCAAGCUGGAUGUUAUCUCCCUGCUGGAGCAGGAGGAGGAGCUGUGGGCGGGGGAUGAGGGGUGCCCCCGGGUACGUGCUCCGGAUUUGGAAACUCGACCCAAAACCAGACUGUCAGCUCCAAAGCAAGACAUCACUGAGAAAAUAGCCAGCAGUGUCCUAGUGGAAAGGUUCCUGUGGGAUAGUCUGUGGUACCCUGAGGGUGACGAUGCCGAGGGCCACCGGGGACAGGGUCAUGAGAGCCGAGACAGCCAUGUGGUGCGAGCAGCCUUCACGCCUGUGAGGACACCCAUGCAGCAGCAGCAGCAGCAGGGGAAUGGGUUCGGGGAAAACUUGAUUCUGAACCCCAGUCUCCCACCUCAGCCCCUGACUCCUGAAAGACAAGGCCUCCACAUGCUGGGGACACGCAGGAAGAGGGGCAAGCCAGACCCAGAGUUCAGUGCUCAACAGAAAGCAGACGCAAAGGAGAAGCCCUACAAAUGUCAGGCGUGUGGAAAGGCCUUUAGUCACAGCUCAGCACUUAUUGAGCACCACCGAACGCACACAGGAGAGAGACCGUAUGAGUGUCACGAAUGCGGAAAAGGCUUCCGAAACAGCUCAGCACUUACCAAACACCAGAGAAUCCACACCGGUGAGAAACCUUACAAGUGCACUCAGUGUGGGAAAACCUUCAACCAGAUUGCCCCACUGAUCCAGCACCAGAGAACUCACACCGGGGAGAAGCCCUACGAGUGCAGCGAGUGCGGAAAAUCCUUCAGUUUCAGGUCCUCCUUCAGUCAGCACGAGCGGACUCACACCGGGGAGAAGCCGUACGAGUGCGGCGAGUGUGGCAAGGCCUUCCGGCAGAGCAUCCACCUCACCCAGCACCUGCGAAUCCACACGGGGGAGAAGCCCUACCAGUGCAGGGAGUGUGGCAAGGCCUUCAGUCACAGCUCUUCCCUGACCAAACACCAGCGAAUCCACACGGGGGAGAAGCCCUACGAGUGCCAUGAGUGUGGGAAGGCCUUCACGCAGAUCACACCGCUGAUUCAGCAUCAGAGGACCCACACGGGAGAGAAGCCGUACGAGUGCAGUGAGUGCGGGAAGGCCUUCAGCCAGAGCACGCUCCUGACUGAGCACCGGAGGAUCCACACAGGGGAGAAGCCCUACGGGUGCAACGAGUGUGGGAAAACCUUCAGCCACAGCUCAUCGCUCAGCCAGCACGAGCGGACACACACGGGAGAGAAGCCGUACGAGUGCAGGCAGUGUGGGAAGGCCUUCCGGCAGAGCACACACCUCACUCAGCAUCAGAGGAUCCACACGGGGGAGAAGCCCUAUGAGUGUGGCGACUGUGGCAAGGCCUUCAGCCACAGCUCAUCCCUCACGAAACACCAGCGAAUCCACACGGGGGAGAAGCCCUAUGAAUGUAACGCGUGUGGCAGAGCCUUCAGCCAGCUCGCCCCCCUCAUUCAACACCAGAGGAUCCACACGGGAGAAAAGCCUUACGAAUGUAACGCCUGUGGCAGAGCCUUCAGCCAGAGCUCCCUUCUCGUAGAACACCAGAGGAUUCACACCAAGGAAAAGCCCUACGGGUGCAACGAGUGUGGAAAAUCCUUCAGCCACAGCUCAUCACUCAGCCAGCACGAGCGGACACACACUGGGGAGAAGCCCUAUGAAUGUCAGGAUUGUGGGAAAUCAUUCAGGCAGAGCACCCACCUCACUCAGCACCGGAGGAUCCACACGGGAGAGAAGCCAUAUGAGUGCAGGGACUGCGGGAAAGCCUUCACACACAGCUCGUCCCUUACCAAGCACCAGAGAACUCAUACUGGGUAGGCCCACAUCACACUCGCUGGGACAUGGGACAGCCUUAAGUCAUAGCUCAUCCCUUACUAGACUUGACCCAGUCAUUCUCCAUGGAAACAAUACAAGUUUAUGCAUAUGCAAGCCCUCGCACACAGUACAUGCCCCAGACACCCUCAGAGAGAAAUGACUGUGGGGAUGUGGAACUCUAGGUCAUCCAUCCCUGGAUAUCAGAUCAUCCAGACAGUAGUAGGGAAAUGUGGAGUUAAUCAGUGUUGAGGACCUUCAGUCAUGAGUGCCCACUAAUGCUACAUCAUAGAACCUA